AUGGCCACGAUAUCAGAACGCUACGAUGCGCUACUUCGGUGGGUAGAGAGUGAUGGUGGAUAUCUUAAUCCCGCCAUUGAAAUAUACCACGAUGAGGUCACCAAAGGGUCUUUCCGUGUGAAAGAAUCAUGCUCGACUGGAGUGGACGAUGUCAUGGUUACUCUUCCGCUUUCUAAGUCCCUCUCCUAUCUCGAUGCUAUUCGUGGUCACCCGGCUUUCGCUUCUCCAUCAAACUCAGAUGCCCUGGAUGGCGAGAGUAGAGACUAUUUCCCAGAAGGAUUCUUGAAAGAAACGCCACCUCAUGUCGUCGGCCGUUUUUUCCUCAUGCAGCAAUACCUUCUAGGACCCGAGUCCAACUGGUGGCCGUAUAUCCGAACCUUACCUCAACUCGAACAUAUGAGUAACAUCCUCCCGGUAAUGUGGCCAUCAGACGAUGUCGAGUUUCUCAAUGGGACCAAUGCUUCUGCGGCUAUUCAGGAUAUCAAGUCAACCCUCAAAAAGGAGCACAAGAACGCCUUGAAGUUACUCCCGCAGAAGUACCAUCUGGAGUAUACUCGACCGUUGUAUCACUGGGCCUAUAGUAUCUUCACUAGCCGUAGUUUUCGACCGUCACUUAUUUUCCCCGCCGAAGCUUCGGUAGGGUUGCCAUGCGAGUUAGAUGACUUCUCGGUGUUGCUUCCGCUGUACGACAUCGGAAACCACUCGCCACUAGCAAAGAUUGCUUGGACCACCGAUGAACAGACUAAAAUGUGCAUGCUUAAGUCAAGGCAGACAUAUUCAGCCGGUGAACAAGUAUUCAACAACUACGGUAUGAAAACUAAUGCCGAGCUACUUUUGGGGUAUGGCUUCAUACUCCCAGAAAAUGAUGACCUCCACAACGACUAUGUCCAUAUCAAGACCAGGGCGGACCCAGAGGCUGGCGAUUUGGCGGCUUCGCAUGUUGUGUCAUUGAGGCCUAUGGCUCAUCGUAGUUCAUUCGUCGGGCGGUCGAAACUCUUGAGCGCAGAUUCCUUGAGCUGUCUCCCUUGUUUUUCACACAUUCAAGAUACCCUCAUCGCUGCUCUAUACGAAAGUAUCACGAAAGGGGGAGAUGAAACGAACGAUACCAGCUUGAAUAAGAUCGUACGGGGCGAUAUUCAGAACGAAGUGCUUAGAAAGAUUGUCGAUACCUUAGGGGCAAAACUGAGUAUGGAUCUGGAGGAGAUAGAAGUGAACGAACCGGAGUACGAGGCUAUCAAUAGUAAUCAGCAACUCGCUAUGAUUUAUCGUGAGCAAUGUCAGAAGGUAUUGGAGAACGCUCUCCGCAGCCUCUUAACGGCGGACUGUUGA